AUGGCUGCAGUGAAGCUUUCUCAAGGGGAGCUGGCAGAAGCUGCGCUCUUUGACUAUGGAGGACGAUCACCACUGGCACUCAUUGAUAUAGGCGCCAACUUGGCAGAUCCUUCAUUCUCCACAGAUCGACAGGAAGUCAUUUCCAGGGCCCAGAGAGCAGGAGUGCAUGCGAUGAUUUUGACAGGGUCUUCCCUCAAGUCCACAAGCAAAGCAGCUGAGAUAGCAGAACAGUCAGACUAUCCAAUCUUCUUCACAGCCGGGGUGCAUCCGCAUGAAGCCAAGUCAUGCACAGAAAACACCAUUGACCAGCUGCGCAGCUUUGCCAAGCAUCCCCGAUGCGUCGCAGUGGGCGAGUGUGGCCUAGAUUUCAAUAGAAAUUUUAGCGAGCCCGCUGUACAGGAGACCUGGUUUGCAGAGCAGGUGAAGUUAGCUGUGGAGCUGAGGAAGCCACUGUUUCUGCAUUGCCGGGAUGCAGCCGACCGUUUUGUCAGCAUACUGCGGGAGCAUCACCUCACUGCUCCAGCAGUUGCACACUGCUUCACGGGAAGCCAACGUGAGCUCGACAUAUUCCUCGACUUGGGACUCUAUAUUGGCAUCACUGGCUGGGUGUGUGAUGACAGACCAGAGAGGGGCGGAGCGGAGCUGGCGAGCAUAUUGAAGUUGAUUCCCGAAGACAGGCUCAUGCUAGAGACUGACUGCCCAUAUCUUGUGCCUCGCACCAUUCGGCCCUCGAAAGCGCGGCCCCGCAGAAACGAGCCGGCCCUGCUUCCCCAUGUGCUUCAUGCUGUGGCGGCUGCACUUGGGGAGGAUCCAGAGGCUGUAGCACAGCGGACAACGGCAAAUGCGCAGAUAUUCUUUGAAUUGCCUGGCUUUCAGGGUUGA